AUGGCUGCCAAAAAGACCGUCGUCAUCACCGGUGCCAGCGGCUUGCUCGGCCGAGCUGUCGCCGACAAGUUUAUCGGCCAAAAGGACGAAGUCAUCUCUCUCGCCCAUACCAGGGCUGACAGGGACCCGCACUAUACCAAGCUUGACUUGAUGGACAAGGAGGCUGUGGAAGGGUUCUUUGGAACGCACAAGGUGGACGUCGUGGUGCAUUGUGCUGCUGAACGACGUCCCGACGUUGCCCAAGCCGACCCCGAGAAGGCUGCCAAAAUCAAUGUCGCUGUCCCCGCGCACCUCGCCGAGCUCGCCAGGCAGAAGGGCUUCCAGCUAAUUUACAUCUCCACCGACUACGUGUUCAACGGCCGCAACGCCCCGUACCAAGUCGAUGCCCAGCCCGACCCCCUCCAGUCUUACGGUCAGCAAAAGUACCAAGGCGAGCAAGCCGUCCUCGCCGUCCGUCCUUCUGGCGCCAAAAUCACCGUCCUGCGGGUCCCCGUCCUCUACGGCAGGACCGAGUACAAUGCUGAAAGCGCCAUCAACAUUUUGAGGGAUGUGGUGGAGGACCAGAGUGGCAAGACGUACAAGAUGGAUGCGAGGCAGGUGAGGACGCCGACGAAUGUCGAGGAUAUUGCCAGGGUAUUGUAUGAUGCGUCUCACUUUGAGCAACCCCUCCCUGCCAUCUUGCACUAUGCUUCCCCCGCCCCCAUGCUUACCAAAUGGGACAUGACCCGUAUCAUUGCCAAGCACCUCAACCUCCCCAUCGACCACAUCACCAAGGACACCACCGAGCCUUCUGGUGCGACCCCCCGACCCGAAAACACCCAGUUGAGCAACAAGGCGCUGGAAGAGCUUGGCAUUGAGACCCGUGAGGAAGCUUCGUUCGAGGACUGGUGGGCUGCGUACCUCAAAGAGUAG